AUGAGCUCUGAUCAUGGGAUGGGGCUCAUAAACCGCGAGCGAAUUUGGAAACUAGGGAUUGAGAUGGUCAGCCGGAUGCAAGCCAUUCAAGAGCCUGGACGAUUCUUACAUGGUGACAUUGUCACAGAUGUCCCAAGUCAACGGCUCUGCUCUAUUGUAAGUUGUUUGGCGUUGAAAAGAGACCUAAAGGGUUGUAAACAAGUCACACAGAGGUCUAUGCAUUGGGGGAAGAUGCAUGUUGAAUCACAACUUUGUACUGUGACACCAUUGUAUGUGGAUAUUCUGGAGCGGCGGGUGGUCUCGGGCCUCACAUUUACAUUUAGCCACAGCCAGCCUAUGAACAUAGACUACAUUCUGGUUGCUAGUUCGUUGGGUAUUGAACCAGUUGGAAUCGAUAUUUAUCCGCAUUCAUUUCUCGAUAGCAUAGACGAGCUUGGCGUGAGCAAGUGGAGUCUAGAACACCUUACGCGCAUUUUUGUUGGUCUUGAUGCUCUUCGAAUUGUUAAAAUCUGGCCAAACUUAAAAAAAAACUAA